AUGAAGUUCACCGCCGUUCUCGCCGCGACCGUCGCCGCUCUUGUUGGCUCCGUCAACGCCACGACCUGCACGACGACCCAGCAGACCGCCGCCUACGUCGCUCUCGUGAGCAUCCUGUCCAAGUCGUCCUUCACGCAGUGCUCCAAGGACUCGGGCUACUCCAUGCUGACGGCCACCUCGCUGCCCACCACCGCUCAGUACAAACUCAUGUGCGCGUCCACCGCGUGCGAGAGCAUGAUCGAGACCAUCAUCUCGCUCAACCCGCCCAACUGCGAGCUGACGGUGCCGACGAGCGGCCUGGUGCUCAACGUGUACGAGUACGCCAACGGCUUCUCUUCGACCUGCGCGUCGCUGACGGCGACCACUGCUCCCCCGACCACGGCCCCCGCAGCUACGGACGGCUCGGCCUCGAACUCGACCGUCGUGGGCGCUUAA